AUGAACCACGACGUUGCUGAAAUGAUGAUGUUCUCGUUUUCCGGCGUUGAAGCCGACGAAUUCGGUAAAGAUAAGGAUGAGAUAUUGCCUCUCUUGCUUCCGAAAGUCAUGGAAGGCCGCCCCAUUGGGUCGACGAGUCUCCUUCUGUGCCGACUGCCACCCGAGAUCUUGGGGAACAUUAUGGAUCUAAUAGCAGAUGACAAAGCUGCCCUUUCUUCCCUCGCCUUGGUGAAUAGCGACUGCAGGCAGUUAGCUCGCUCCUGCCAAUUCGCCAAGGUCUACUUCGAUUACAGCCCAAAUUCAAGGCGCUUGUUGCUCCAGCUCAUGAAGGAGGCGAUCGCCAGGCUUGGCCACGAUGAUCUAAGCAACACCACGCGGCCGCCGUUUAUUGGAUCUUGCAUUCGCAGAGUUGUGGUCAAGCCCCGCUCAGACUGGGUCGCUCAGGCGCAUAGCGAUCUCUAUAAUUCCAUUUGGGGGGACGCAGCCAACCGUCUCAGUUCGGAGCAUCGCAUCGCAUUGUCCAAGAAAGCGACUGAUGAGUACAUUUCGAUUUACCGCGAUCCCGUCCAGAUCGCCAUGAAAUUGGCAAUGCCCCACCUAGAGGCGCUGUUGUGGCAUGAUCGACUGUGUCUCGAUAGCGCCUUCUUUGGGACUGUUACAAAUCUGCCUAUUCGGCACCUUAGGCUGGCCGGAGUUCACAUUGGAGAGAUGUAUCGCCUCGAGCCGCCACUCGCGCCGCUUGUCGUGCCAUUGGAGUCGCUCUCUCUAAAAGUAGACCUCUGCGCCAACGAACGGUCUCAUAGGAGCGAGACAGGCAGCGAUGGCGAUGCCGCUUGCUGGGAGAACAGAAGCUUGUCACCCUUCAUACAAACCCUCCUACAGCGCUGUAGCACGACUCUCAGGCGUCUGACCUUGAGUUACGCGGCUUUUAUGGGAGAUAGUUCGCUUUCAUUCGAUGAAGACGUGUUCUUCCCCCAUCUCCGGUACCUCGAUAUCUCCAGAAACAUGAGCAUUCCUGAUGCACGAGUCUGGUCUUCGCUGUUUUCUGCACCGCUGAGACAUCUCUCUCUGCCAUUUCAGCGUUUGCCGGCCGGCCAACCCCUUCGUGACCUUGAGACGCUUGCCAUAUCAUAUCUCGAUGGCGGGAACAUGGGAACGGUACAGUCGAUAAUCGACUUCAUUUCACGUCACCCGCACGUUCGGAAACUCUCCAUUGGGAGAAGCACCCCCCAUCUCCUGGACUCCCAUCUUAUUCCACUACUCUCUGAUGGAAGAUGGUCGAACCUAAGCUCCCUUUCGCUAGCAUGGAGCGAAGUCAGCGAACCAGCGGCGGGAACACAACCAAACAUGGCUACUAUCUCGGCGGAUUCCCUAACUGCUGUUGGCAGCAUCGAAUCUCUGGAGCAGCUAUGCCUAAGUGCCGGCGAGCAAUUUGGCUGGCGUCACCAGUGGUUGAUCGACCAUAAUGCGACGACGCGUCCGGCCCCAUUGCGGAGGGGUAUUACGAGUAUCGGCGCGUGA